AUGGCUCGUACUAACAGAGAAAUCUUAACCGGUGGUAAGAAAUAUGCUACCAAGCAAGCUAAGAAGCAUAGAGUAGAAGAAGUUGUAUUUGAUAAAGAUGCCAGAGUGGAGUACUUGACUGGAUUUCACAAGCGUAAAGUUGAAAGACAGAAGAAGGCUCAAGUUUAUAACAAAGAGCAAGAGAGGUUAGCCAGAAUUGAGGAGAGGAAAAAGAUGAAGGAUGAAAGAAAAAAGGACAUGGAGAAGCAAAUGGAAAGAUUCAAUGCUACUGUAAAGGAUAUAACUAGUAUCACGGGAUUUAUACCUGGUGAGAAGGAUGAUGAAAGCGAUGCAGAGAGCUGGGAUGGAAUAGAUGAAAACACCAAACCCAAGGUAAAAGGUGAUACCAACGAAGACGAGGAAGAAGAAGCAGAAGGAAAAAUAAAUGAAAUCAAUAGAAAGGGAAUACUUCAGCAUAAAGAAAUAUAUAAACUUGAGGAUAUGCUGGUUCUUGAAGACAGUCCAGUGAUAAUAGAUGAUGAGACUACAGUCACUGUUGAGUCUAUGGAUAACCCUUCAGUUGUCAAUGCACAAAAAAACUUAGAGACAUUAGCCAGAGCCAAUAAUGUGGAUUUGAACAAAUCCGAAAAAGUUUUGGAAGCAUCGAUAAAACGAGCCAAGAACUAUGCGGUGGUAUGUGGUGUGAGUAAGCCAUCUAAGGAUGAUAAGCUGAAGCAGAAAAAGAAAAAGUUCAGAUACUUGUCCAAGGGAGAAAGAAGAGAAAACACCAGAAAGGAAAGGUCCAAAAAUAAUAAAUAUAAAAAGUAG